GCCAGCCGUGGCCGGGCCAAAUUCCCUUCCUGCUACGUAGCCGGCGCUCAGGGCGCGCCUUAUUACGUCACUACGUCCACUUCCGUCGCGUGAGCUCGAUGCCUCUCGGGACUCGUAGUUCUUCCGCCUCACAUUCGGAGACCUACCGGAAGUUACCUGACCUCUUCCGGUUUCUUCGGCUGUGGGCGUCGUUCGCCCGCCAGCUAGGUAGCAGCGGUUGGAGACCCAGAGGGUCGAAGCGCCGGCGGGCGGGAGGCAUCGUCAUGCCCCGUUAUUACGAGGACAAGCCAGAGGGCAGUGCGUGCUCGGGUUUGAAGGAGGACCUGGGGGCAUGUCUGCUGCAGUCGGACUGUGUGCUGCAGGAAGGAAAAUCCCCUCGGGAGUGCUUGAAGGAAGGAUACUGCAGAGCUCUGAAAUACUCCUUUUUUGAGUGUAAAAGAUCAAUGUUAGAUGCCAGAUCAAGAUUCAGAGGAAGAAAAGGAUAUUGAAACCAUUUUGCUGAUGGCAAGAUGAAAGCCAAGAAAAGAUUCCUCUGCUCAUUAUCAUAGAAAAGCCAGUAAUUUUUGCUGUGUUUGGUUGGAUCCGUUUUUUCCACACAACACUGGAAAAAACGAGAAGAAUUCUGUUUUUUAAUCUCUAUGAAGGGAAACGUUUCUCCUGCUCUACAUUAUUUUAGGAGGAUCAAUUUAGUUGAAUAGUUUUGAGGACUAUCCUAAAGCACAAGGAAUGGUAAGGUUAUUUUCAAACUUGACUCUUCAAUCAAACUACAGAUUAUGUACAUCAGGAAGCCACUGAUGCGACUGACAGUCAAUAAUGUAAAGCCUAUCCAGACGAAGUUUAUUGGAGAAGUUUAGGAUAAAGCUUUUUCUUUUACUCAGUUUGGUUUUAAAUAAACUGUUUGACUCUUGGAGGGGAAAUGCUUCAUUUGCACCAAUUCACUGGAAUACGGACCUCAAAACUUUAAAUCCCUCCCCUGGCAUAGCUGGGUGCCAAGCCUGGAUGGUACUGCCGGGGCUCCUUCCAUCUCUCAGCCUGGUCCGCUCCAUAUAAUGAGCCAAUAUCGGCCUUAGGCCCACAGCUUUAACAUCUGAGAUCCAAAAGGAAGAAAGCAAACUUUCCUUACGAGGUCCACAAAUCAGAUCCUACUGAGGGACUUGGGUCUCCCCUGGAUCACCUGUCCUGGGCAAAACCACCUGGCGCCUGAUCUUGGCCAGGCCUGGGUCCUAUGCACCAUGAUUGAUAACAAUCAUGGGAAUCACACUGGAUGGGUGAUUGGCUGGACCUAAAGUAGGAAGUGGAGCAAACUGAAACAACAGAUACUUACUGUAGACAGCAAAGGUGAAAAAUAGGAAGUGCUGGAGAAGUUUCAAGUUCAGGCUUUUUUUUUUUUUUCUUUUUUUUUGCUGUGCUAUAUGGUUUGAAUCCAGGGCCUUGAGGAUGCAGGGCCAAGUGCUAUACUACCGAGCUGUACCGCCAGCCCUAAAGUCACAGUAAUUUUAUUCUAAUCACUUAAUACAGUAGAGCCAAAUAGGAAUCCAAGUUCCCAACUUUAUUUUUGGCACUGAUGAUCAAUGAAGAGCCAUAGUGUCUCCACAGUGUAGUUCAAGCAACCAAGGUAUUGUAUCGCUCACUUAGGGUUCAUCUGAAGUGAGAAGCCCUACAAUAUCACUCAGGUCUGAUGUGUUGACUGCUUUCCACGGGGAAGGGAAAAUGAUGGGUUUCUUAAGUAACUACUGUCUACCUAUUCAAGGCCUACAACGUUUCUGGUGGUGCUGGGUACUAAACCAACGGCCUUUUGCAUAUGCCAGGCGACCACUGUAACACCGAACUAAACUUCUAGGCCUAAGUGCUACAGCUUCGUACAGUAAUUCUGAUAAACUCUCUAAAAUGUUUUUAUAAAACCCAUCUUGUUUACUUUUAGCUUUAUUGAGCCUUUACUGGAGAAAUUCACAUAUCACAAAACUGACCCUUCAAGUAUAGAAUUCAGUAUUUUUCCUGUAUCCACAGGGAGCAACCAUCACAAUUCUAAGAUGUUGUCAUCCCUCCAAGGAGAAACUUCUACCCACCAGCAGUCUCCUCACUUCUUCCCCUCCACUGCUGGUAACCGUCUCUAGAGGGUUGCCUGCUCUGGGCUUGUUCUAUACAUGAAAUAGAGUAUACAGUAUGUGGCAUUUUGUGACCGGCUUCUGUCACUUACCAUGUUGUCAAAGUUCAUCCAUGGGUAGCAUGUAUGUACUUCAUUACUUACUGCUGAAUAUUGUUCCUUAGCACCAUAGUUAGUUUAUCUGCUCAUCACUUAACUUCGCAUUGCUUCUACUUUGGCACUAUUAUGGAUAAAGCUAUGAACAUCUGUAAACAAGCUUUGCGUGGACACACUUUGCUUCUCAAGUAUAAACCUAAGAGUAGAUUACAGGAUUGUAUGAUGACACCACCUUUAACGUUUGGAUGACUUGUCAAAAUUUUCCAGAGGCUGCACCACCCUAUGAUGUUCCCAAGAACAGUGUAUGAGGUUGCAGUAUCUCUGUCAUCGCCAAGAAUUGUUACUGUUCGUUUUGAUUGCAGCCAUUCUCCUGGGUAUGAAGUGGUAUCUAAUUGGGAUUCUGAUUUGCAUUUUCCUAGGAGCUAAUCAUUUGAGCAUAUUUUCCUGUGUUUAUUGGCCAUCUGUAUGUUAUGUCUGGAAGAAUGCCUAUUCAGGUCCUCA